CGGCUACACGAAUGUAUUCGGCCAUUUACAAGACACUGCUUUUGUGCGUUAGCUUCAGUCUGCUGCUCCACUGGGAAUGACUGCAGUUUCAGCAGCUACCAUUAAGCUUACAGCUGGAGCCACCGCCCGUGACUGAAGCACUGAAGUGCUGCAAGGAGGUAACUCAUUAACGUAGCGCUUACAGCUGCCUUGGCCUGCUUGUCAUGUGAGCCAACAGCAGCUCAGGGACCGGUGGGCUAUCUAGCACGGCACACACAAACUUAAAAAAAGAAAAAAAAAACCUCACAUACACACACACGCACAUACUAGGAUAAGGAGCAAGCAGGGAAAGACGAAAUAAUGCAGUGAACAGGAGCAACAGCAGCACAUGGCCAGUCACAUGCAAGCCAUCAUUCUGGAAGAUUCCUGAGUGUUGGCAGAAUGGACCCUGUGGAGGAAUACAAGUCUCCCUUCAAUUUUGAGCAAGGAGUCAACACCAGCUACCUUUACCUGUCCCCUAAAGAGAACUUCACUCCAACCAGCUCACCAGUGCUGCCAUACAGAGGUAUUCAGAGACCAGACUCCAUCCCAGAAGUGGGUGAAGAUGCUGUAACCACUGUUGGGGAGACUACUCCCAGCACUGCUCUCACUGAAGAGGAGCAGGAGGAGUUACGCAAUGAACUGAUCAAGGUGGAGGAGGAGAUCCAGACUCUGUCUCAAGUGUUGGCAUCGAAGGAGAAGCAGGUGGCGGAGAUCAAGCGGAAGUUGGGCAUUACCCCACUCAACGAGCUCAGGCAGAACCUGAACAAGAGCUGGCAGGAAGUCACCACCUCCACGGCGUAUAGGAGGACCUCAGAGACUCUGUCCCAGGCAGGACAGAAGGCUACAGCUGCGUUCACCAGUGUGGGAUCAGCCAUUAGCAGAAAGCUAGAGGAUGUAAGUAUACGAUCCAUACAGCAUUCCACUAGCAUGCCUGUGAUGAGGAACACUCCCACUUUCAAGUCAUUCGAGGACAGAGUAGAGAGUAUAAAGACUAAGAUGAGUCCCACACCAUCAACCAGUGAGCUGGGAGACGUUUCAAACUCCAUUCCUAAUGCUGAGUCAGCGGAGGAACAGCCUGAGGGGACGACUGUCCAGGACCCAGAGACGCACUGAGGACCCGUCACUGACUUCACUCUACUGGCCCUUAAUGAAAAACCUCCUUCACUCCUUCACUCCUCCACUCUCUUACCUCCCUCCUCUCUUCCUCCCGUUAUGUUCCUCCCCUUCUCUGCAUCAAAUGAUAUCAGAAAACAAAAACACUGGUUGCACCGGUUCUUGUUCUUUUUUAAGUGCAUUAAACUGUUUAGGAGACGUGUUCUGUUUAGAGUACAGAGUGUAGAGUUUAAGCCCAGGUGGAGAACAAGUGGAUUUUUUUUUUGAUAGAUACUCUAUGAGGGACACUCAUAAUUGCCCAGUUUCCUUAUAUCUACUACAGCUAAUACAUUUCUGUUACAGGUUCUUUGACCCUGUAGAUUCCGUUAGUUGAUUAAAUUCAUUUUUUUGCACAAGUCUGGGGCAUCUCUGGAUGGUGCAAGAUAGCCCUACACUGGAGAUGAUCUUUUUGGGUAUUAAAACAUUUUACAGGAAUUUUAUGUCCCUGUAGAUCCUCACACUGAGUCCGUACCCGACCUCUGACCUUAGUCAGUGGUAUAUGUUGUUGGUAUACAUACACACACACACAUGCACACACACACGAGCCUCAGCUGAUACUCUAGGGUCAGUUUGCUCUUCACGGGGUCGGUAACAUGGGGGAGGGGAUCUGCACUGCUGCCCUGACCCAACAAAUGACCUAGUUUAUAUAGGGUUGCUGUCAGGGAUGCACAGUGUAGCUGUUGUUUGAAGGUCAGAUGUGGCUUGCCUUUACAAAUAUAUUAAUACUGCCCAGUUCUGUAGUUAAAAAAACUAGAAAAGCACUUAUACAGAUAAUUUGCAUUUGUUCAUUGUUAAAAAGUAAAAUGUGAUUUUUUUUGUGGAAAAACAAAUUUUCUUUUUUUUUUUUGUGGAUUUACUGUUAUGUUUUUUUUUUUUAAUGUUCAUUUUUGUCACUUAUUUUCACAUAAGCAAAUUGCAAACACAAAAAAGCAUGAGAGCAUAAGCUUAUGUGUAAAAUGACAACUUAUGUGCUGGCCAAUGCCGACAUUCCACAAAUUAAAUGUGACCAAUAUUAAAGGAGCUUCAGUUUUGCAAAAAAAAAAAAAGAUUAAAUCAGAACCAGUUGCCAACAUUAUAUAAGGCUUUCUAGCCAUCAUUCUGCUCAAUUACAAUGUUGGAUGGUUUUGAAGUGUAAACAAAAAGGUACAAGAAACUAGUGCUGUGCAAAAGUCUUAAGCUUCUGAGAAAAUCACAUGUAAAGCUAUUAAUACUAGGAGUGCAUCUUGGCAGAAAGUUGACUUCUAAAUGUUAGAGCCAGCAUCCCACUGAACUCUCUCUCUAUACCACUUAAGAUGAUCUUAAACCUAAGAUGCUUUGGGCUGACCCCCUGGUGAGUAAGAUUGAUUUUUAAAGAAUAAAGGAACACUAACAUUAGAAUGCUGGAAUUCGAGUGGAGCUUGACUGAAAACACUCUGUAAAUACUGUAGUUUUGUUUAUUUACAGUCUUUAUCUACAGUGAUUAUAGUCCUUUUAAUGCAAAAGUACACUUUGGCUACCCAGGACUUUUGCCCAGUGCUGUAUGUUGUAUAUACUGGUACAGUGGCAUGCAAAAGUUUAGGCACCACUGGUCUAAAUUAUUGUUGCUGUGGAUAGUUAAGAGAGUGAGAGAUGACCUGAUUUUCAAGUGGUGUGAAGUCCUUAGUAACUCCAAGUUUGGCAAGUAUCCUAUCAAAGAUUUCAACUUAGACAGUCUACACAAGACAACAGGCCUUUAUACAUGUGAAUCUUUGAACACAUCUGACUCUGAAUUUUGUAGUUGGAGACAGGAAAAGUUUUCUUAUAAAGGCCAAUAAAAGAUUGCAACACCAUUUAGGUGCAUUAACUCAUUUAGAAGAUAUGUUGUUAUUAAUAGAGUGUAGAGUGUUGAGUUCAUAAUUGGAUUGUGAACAUAUGUAAUUUUUCCAAAACUAGUCUGCCCUCAUCAGCGCACUGCUUCUCUGAGAAUGUAGGUUCCUUUAAUGCCAUAGAUGCAAAUAAAAGUCCACACCAGAGCAAUGGAUCCUUAGAUGACUUUGAUUAGCCUUUUUAUCAAUCCAAAAAGCAGUUAUCUCAAAAUAUUUUAGGAAGUUGAGAAGUUUUUCCCUGCUCAUGUAAAGUAACCAUUUUGGAGAAACAUUCAGAGAUUUUUCAGAUCUCAAUGUUAUUAACAUUCAUUGCUGCUGUUAACAGUCAUUCGUUAAUUACAUUAUCAGAUGUGUAAUAUAUGAUUAAAAUGCUUCAAAAUCUGCAUCAUCUGUCAUUACGUGAACAAGUUAAGUGAACAAGCCACAGUCCCAGCAGGCUAAUUAAUAUGGUACAAAACUAAAAAAAAAAAAAAAAGAUUGCAAAGAUUUUUUUCAACCUUAUGUUUAUAUCUUGUGGAGAUCAGUUCAUCUACUCACUGUAACUCUGAGAGAAUCUGACUACAGGUGCCCAAACCUUUGCAUGCCAGUAUAUAAGAUAAAUAAAUGGUUGGUUUCCCAGAUGGACUAUGGUCUUGGACUAUACAGAAUUUUUGAAUGGAAAGUUAAAUACAGUCUACGAUUAGGCUUAAUCCCUGACUGCAUAUGACCUGUAUUAUUAUUAGCAGUAGUAGAGGACUAUCGAUGCAAAGGCCUACCUGUUAUUCCUGUGCAGAUCACCUUCAUCGAUUAGCUGUCUGUUUUGUCUUGCUGUGAACUCAUCAAUGCUGGAAGGCCUGUGUCCUUUAAGUCCUGUUCUUUUUAUUUUUUGGUUUUACUGUCCUUAGGGCAAGAAGAACAGGUCGUGACCUUUUACCCUGGAGGUCUGUCAUAUCUGCUUGUUGAUAAACUGGUUCUGAGUGGUCCUGCCUGUAAUUCAGCGUCCUAUGCAUUUGCUUUCGAGUCCUCACACAAAAAACACAAGCUUACUGGUGCUCCGGUCUGAAAAGAUAUGGGCUAGAUAAAAUGCUUUAACAUGGAUAAAAGAAACAUCUGGCCAAGUUGAUUAGGAUUCAGAUAAUAUAUAAACAUAUAACAUUUAUACAUAUGUUAAAUAUAUUUAAUCAUUCUUUUUUUUUUAUACACAUUUCAGUUAUAUUUUGUUCUAACAAAGGAGGAAUAUCCUGGAGUUUAGACUUUUUUUCUCCAUGUUGUAAGUAGAAAUAUACAGAUUCAUAUUUUAAUAAAGUAUAUACUAGAUAAGGUAGGGGAGUAAAGGCUAACAGUAGUUAGAGUUAAAGGCUUGGGCCGGCGGGUGUUGCUCUCUCUGUACACAAUAUUUGUGUAACACUAAUGAUUUUGCGUCAAAGCUGUUGCUUUAUUUCUUAUGAUAUUAAGUUUUCUCACAAAUCUGUCUUUAGAAUUUGGCUUCUUUCUCUCACGUCUUUCUGCAUCAGUUGAUUGUGGUUUCUUUAUUCUUUAAGUGCCGUAGAAAAUCAGCCAUAACAUUAACACCAACUCCUGCACUCAUUAUCUGUGUAUAGGACCUCCUUCCAACCUGAUCUUCAGUGGUCAGGACCACCACAGAGCAGAUGGUGGUGUGUUGUACUGGUUUGAGUGGAACAGGUACAGCAGUGCUGCUGGAGGUUUUAAACACCUCAGUGUCUCUGAUAGGCUAUGAAUAGUUCACCAACCGGAAAUAUCCAGCUUCUGAUCCAUUCAUGACCAGCACCCUGUCAGUGACACUGCAGCACCCUGUAAUAAUACAGCUCUGGAAACAAUUGAGACUACUUAAAAAUGAUGAGUUUCUUUUAUUUGACCAAAUUAAAAACCUCUGGAAUGUAAUCAAGAGGAAGAUGGAUGAUCAUAAAGUUAUCCAAAAGCAGUGUGUAAGACUGGUGGAGGAGAACAUGCCAAUAUGCAUGAAAACUGUGAUUAAAAAACAGGGUUAUUCCACCCAAUAUUAAUUUCUGAUCUCUUAAAACUGUAUGAGUAUGAACUUGUUUUCUUUGCAUUAUUUGAGGUCUGAAAGCUCUGCAUCUUUUUUCAGCUAUUUCUCAUUUUUUGCAAACAAAUGCUCUAAAUGAAAAUAUUUUUAUUUUUAUAGUUUAUAGACUAAAACAACAAUGUUAAUUUUACUCAAACAUAAACCAAGAAAUAGCAAAAUCUGAGAAACUGUUUCAGAAACUGAAGUGGUCUCUAAAUUCUUUUCCAGAGCUGUAUGUGCACAGAAACAGAAAAACUAUAGAUUGCUCCUAUAUGAUAUGAGCUGACUCUGGACAAAAGGUGGUGUUAAUGUAAUGAUGGAUAUCUAAUCUAAUGUGUUUAUCUAACAUGACCUUAACAAUAAAAUAUGUAAUGUAUAGUUUAAAACAAUAUGUAAACUAUAUUAUUCGGGAACUUGAAGCCACGCUUUUAAAAUUCUACUCAAAAUGUCUUUUUCAACUGUUUAUACAAACAGAGGGUUACUUUACACUGAAUAUGUUACAGGGUUUUGUCUGGGAUGUGCCUCUUUACUGUUUUCACUCCUGCUAGCUAAGAAACACUGGCUGACCUGCAGUGGCAACAAGAACAGCUGGAUUGUGCUCUUUACUCGUUUGUACGUUCGUCUGCUGCUAAAUAAAGCACAACAUUCAACGUU